CGCUUGUGCAGUGGACAGUGAUUAUUUUCUUGAUCCUUCUUUUUAUCCCACAGCUGAACAUAUAAUCCCACCAUGAGUGUCGUCGACAAAAUCAAAGAAGUCGAAAAUGAAAUGGCCAAGACCCAAAAGAACAAGGCCACUUCAUACCAUUUGGGUCAACUCAAAGCCAAGCUUGCCAAAUUGAAGCGUGACCUGCUCAUUCCUGGAAGUGGCGGCGGCGGCGGUGGUGGCGUCGGAUUCGACGUUGCUAAGACUGGUGUUGCUCGAGUCGGUUUUGUUGGUUUCCCUUCAGUGGGCAAGUCUACAUUGAUGUCCAAGCUUACUGGUACGCACUCUGAAGUUGGUGCUUACGAAUUCACGACCCUGACAACUGUUCCUGGUGUUGUGCAAUAUAAGGGUGCAAAGAUUCAGAUACUUGAUCUUCCCGGUAUUAUUGAAGGUGCAAAGGACGGCAAGGGUCGUGGUCGACAGGUUAUUGCCGUUGCCCGUACCUGCUCGCUUAUCUUCAUUGUGCUGGAUGUUAUGAAACCCAUGACAGACAAACAUCUCAUCGAAAGAGAAUUGGAAGGCUUUGGUAUUCGAUUGAACAAGAAGCCACCAGCCAUUAUUUUUAAAAAGAAGGAAAAGGGAGGUAUCAACAUGACCAACACUGUCCCCCUGACGCACAUCACUCAGGAUGAAGUGAAGGCUGUGCUCAGCGAAUACCGUAUCCAUAACGCCGAUAUCUCGUUCAAGGAAGAUUCCACUUUGGAUGAUCUUAUCGAUGUCGUCGAAGGCAACCGUAUAUAUAUUCCAUGCAUUUACGUGCUUAACAAGAUCGAUCAGAUCUCCAUCGAAGAACUCGAUCUUAUUUACAAGAUUCCAAAUGCAGUUCCUAUCUGUGCCCAUCAUGAGUGGAAUUUUGACGAGUUACUAGGCACUAUGUGGAAGAAAUUGGAUCUUGUCCGUGUGUACACCAAGCCAAAGGGAAGACUUCCUGAUUAUGAUGCUCCUGUGGUUUUGACAAAUGAAAAGAACACUGUGGAAGAUUUCUGUAAUCAAAUUCACAAGGCUAUUUUGGAUCAGUUCAAAUGUGCUUACGUCUGGGGCUCGUCUGUCAAGCAUAACCCACAAAAGGUUGGCAAGGAACACGUGCUCAAGGAUGAAGAUGUCGUGCAGAUUGUCAAAAAGAUCUAAAAACGGUGGAUGCUACAGUCGUUUUUGUAAGAAGUUAAAUAAACCUGGCCAGUGCGUGCCUAACUUUUGUAUAUUUAAAUCCAACCUAUAACUUUUUAAUCAAGUGUUGCCUUAUUUAAAGUAUGUGUUCU